AAACUAUAUGUGUUGGUAUUUAAAAAAUCAGUGACACCUCUAGGAGAUUUUAGGAGGAUUCACUUGACCCGAAUAUAAAACUAAACGGGUCAAAUUUCAGAAAGACAAAACUAUAAACACCUAAACUAUUACAAUCUAUUCCCCUUUUCAAGAACCCAAAAGCUCUUCAAUUCAGGUAAAUUUUCCUAAAAUUCUCUUCAAUUUCAAUUCAUAAACCCUAAUAAUGAAACCCCAAAUGCUCAAUUUCCCAAUUUUUGUACAAUCCCCAGAGCUUCAGAUCCCUAAUUAUUGCUUAAAUCUUGAAAACCCUAACCCUAAUUUCACCUUACAAGACCUUAAAUCAUGUUUUCUUGAUAAAACCCAGAAAUCAUUUGGGUUAAUUAAGGAUCUUGUCUAUUUCACUUUUGAUGGUCGACCCAUGAAAGAAUCGACUUUGUUAUGUAGUUCUGGGAUUAGCCCUUUUUCGACGUUGGUCCUACGUUUACGCCUUCGUGGAGGUGGGGGUGAUGGGGGUGCCACGGGAGCGGAGUCCAGGGAUUGUUAUCUUAAGAUGUAUGCAACUAAGAAACCUGAUAAAAUUGACCCUAAUGAGAUUAGGUUGUCUAGGUGGUUGAAUUGUGCAUUGUCUAACGAGCCUUUGAAGCAUCCGGUUGUGGUUGAUAAACUUGGGAAUUUGUUUAAUAAGGAGGCUUUAGUUGAGGCAUUGUUGAAGAAAAGUGUGCCUAAGCAAUUUGGGUAUGUUAAGGGAUUGAAAGAUAUGAUUCCGGUUGAGUUGGAUGUGAUACCGGGGAAAGAGGAUAGAGGACUUGGUGAUGGUGAAGGGACGGGGUUUCAGUGUCCGGUAACGGGGUUGGAAUUUAAUGGGAAGUAUAAGUUUUUUGCUUUGAAGGGUUGUGGACAUGUUUUGAGUGCAAAAGCUUUGAAGGAAGUGAAGUCGUCGGCUUGUUUGGUUUGUCACAAGGAAAUUGUGGAGGGUGAUAAAAUUGUGAUUAACGGGAGUGAAGAAGAGGUUGCGGUUUUGAGGGAGAGGAUGGAGGAAGAAAAGGCGAAAUUGAAGGAUAAUAAGAAGGUGAAGAAGGGGAAGAGUGGGGAUGUAGCUGUGAAUGGUGAAGAGGUUAUGGGGGCACCACGGUUGAGCGGGAUGAAACAUGGGAUUGAGGAUAAGGUAGCAGGCAAGGAUGUGAGGAAAGUUGAAGGGAAUGGUAAAGUUGGCAUUAACAGUAAGAUUGAAGUUAAGGAUGUGAAGUGUAGUGCGAGUAACGGGCCAGUGAAGCGGUUCAAGGCUGUUGAUGUAGCUCCAGCUCAUGCUACAAAAGAAGUCUAUGCCUCUAUUUUCACUUCUUCAAGCAAGUCCGACUUCAAGGAGACUUAUUCUUGCAGAUCUUUGCCCCUCGGAAGAAACUAAUAGCUGUUUUUAUUGAGGUGAUCUGCUAGUGUCUUGGACUGGUUUUGUUGUCUUAGAAUGUUGUUUCACGAAAUAUAGUUACAUUCUAGACCACUGAGUCAAAGAUGUUGCCUCUUGCCAUUUGAUUCAGUCGGUACUUUAUUUGUAUUACAUAACAUUGUCAUUGUAAAUUUGAUAUUGCCUUUCAGUGUCUGCUUGAAACGCUUUAGUAGCUUUUGUUCACUCACUUAUGCCCAUUUUCUGUUGAUUUCUUAUAAAAGAUUGGUAGUUCUAGUAA